GGCCGCAGGAGCCCAGGCGCAGUGUAGGUCGCGCCUUGCUCUGCAAAGCUGCGGUCGGGCUCCCUGGUUUCCGCACCCUCGAGAGUCCCACAGCGGGUCGUCACCUCCCGGUGGCCCGGGCUACUCCUCAGUCAGCAGGGAGGGAGGGGGAACUCGGCUUGGGUGCAUCCCGUAUUUUGCUCAACUGACGUCUGGCGUGCCCGCGGCUUGCACACAGUUUGAGUUCGCAGCUGGUCCCCACCCUGCUUUCCCGCUGGUUCGAAGUCUCUGCGGCUCCCGAUCUUUGCUCUAGUGGAUUGGAGAGGUCAGCGUGGAGCUCUGGGGACGUGGGACCGGACUCUUCGAGAGUCCCCAGUUUAGCUCUCACUGCACUCAGGAACUUUGAGCUGCGUUUCGGGUUUUUGUGCCCCUUGGGAGAAGCUGGACUGCGGUUUGGCAGGCCCGGUCCCUAACCAGGAUAGCACGCUGGGGACCAUGGAGUUCACGGCGUCACCAAAGCCCCAGCUCUCCUCUCGAGCCAAUGCCUUCUCCAUCGCCGCGCUUAUGUCCAGCGGUGGCCCCAAGGAGAAGGAGGCAGCAGAAAACACCAUCAAACCCCUGGAACAAUUUGUGGAGAAGUCGUCCUGCGCCCAACCCCUGGGUGAGCUCACCAGCUUGGAGGCUCAUGCGGAGUUCGGCAGCGGGGGCGGCAGCCCUUCCUCCUCCUCUCUGUGCACCGAGCCACUGAUCCCCACCACCCCCAUCAUCCCCAGCGAGGAGAUGGCUAAAAUCGCCUGUAGCCUGGAAACGAAGGAGCUCUGGGACAAAUUCCACGAACUGGGCACAGAGAUGAUCAUCACCAAGUCGGGAAGGAGGAUGUUCCCCACCAUCCGCGUGUCAUUUUCUGGUGUGGACCCUGAGGCCAAGUACAUCGUCCUGAUGGACAUCGUCCCGGUGGACAACAAGAGGUAUCGUUAUGCCUACCAUCGGUCCUCGUGGCUCGUGGCCGGCAAGGCUGACCCUCCUCUGCCUGCCAGACUCUAUGUGCAUCCAGACUCCCCCUUUACUGGUGAGCAGCUCCUCAAGCAGAUGGUGUCUUUUGAAAAGGUGAAACUCACCAACAACGAACUCGAUCAACAUGGCCAUAUCAUUUUGAAUUCAAUGCAUAAGUACCAGCCACGGGUGCACAUCAUAAAGAAGAAAGACCACACGGCCUCCCUGCUCAAUCUGAAGUCUGAAGAAUUCAGAACCUUCAUCUUUCCAGAGACAGUUUUCACAGCAGUCACUGCCUACCAGAACCAGCUGAUAACCAAGCUGAAAAUAGACAGCAAUCCGUUUGCCAAAGGAUUCCGGGACUCCUCCAGGCUCACUGACAUUGAGAGGGAGAGUGUGGAGAGCCUGAUCCAGAAGCAUUCCUAUGCCCGCUCACCCAUCCGCACCUAUGGAGAAGAGGAUGUACUGGGGGAGGAGAACCAAACAACUCCAAAUCGAGGAUCAGCCUUUACAACAUCUGACAAUUUGUCUCUCAGUUCCUGGGUAUCAUCGUCUUCCAGUUUCCCUGGCUUUCAGCACCCACAGACCCUGACUGCUCUUGGCACCAGCACAGCGUCCAUAGCGACACCCAUUCCUCACCCUAUACAGGGUUCUCUGCCACCAUAUAGCCGCCUGGGAAUGCCUCUGACCCCAUCUGCCAUUGCCAGCUCGAUGCAGGGAAGUGGUCCUACGUUCCCAUCAUUCCAUAUGCCUCGAUACCAUCACUACUUUCAGCAGGGGCCCUAUGCAGCCAUUCAAGGACUACGCCAUUCCUCUGCGGUGAUGACGCCGUUUGUAUGACUCUUCUGAGAGUCGGGGGAGCUAGAUCCAGAAUGUGCAAAUGGAUAUGAAAAUAGAGGAGAGGGAUGGGGGUGGGUGGGAUGUGGGGUAUUGGAGCAGGGACUCUCCAGGAAAUAGAGACUUAUUAAAGAGGAGAGCUGGACUCCGAGUGUAGGGGAGUGCACCAUGGGCCAGGAUUCAUCUGCAGUUGGAUCCAGUGUUAAGUUUAGCCAGCCUGCUCCUACAACUAACAAAACAUCAGUUUACCUAGGAAGCUUAAUGAUCUAAGGCAAAGGUAUCUCCAGGUGCGUUAUUCCUCGUGUUUAAAAGUCCUGUUGAUGCAGUAUUGUAUAAAAUCCUUGUAUAUAGGCUUUCUUUCUAUCAACAGGUUCUAAGCAUCGUCCAGAAGGCAAUACUAUAUAGCAUAUUGAAAUACUCAACUCCGUUUCUCCCAGUGUGAAAUGGGAGCCAGUAGCGGAAUGUUUGUAGUGCUGUGGCUUAAGCAUGUUUAGUUUCCUUUCUGUCAGUUUGCUGGGGAAGGGGAGGAGUCGGUGCUAAAGCAUCCUGUGGUAUGAACAAAUAGCAGAAACUGCCUUUCCCAAGUUCCUGCUGGCCACAGGCCGGGACACUAGAAGCUCUGUCUUCAGUUCUUUCCCCUUUUCUUUUUCCUAAUAAUUCUUUUUCUUGCAAAAACCUUGCAGGUAUGCAGGGGAAACCCUCUGUGUGUUAUUUUAAAGUAAGCUGUUCUGUUAUUAUCUAAGAGGUUGGCUUUCGGGGUGCUGCAUUCUCAAUGGGCUGCUGGAAUGGCCACCGAGGACCUCUCCAGAGCCCAUGCAUGGUGAUCGACAAGGUUCCCUUGUACAAACUACAAUCAAAAUAUGGCGGUUCUCAUCUGAGGGGAAUUUCUCUGCCAUGCCAACCGAAGUCCCCUUCGUUUUUACUUCAGUGUUGGGGAUCUUUUGCAUAUUAAAACACAUUGGGCCAACGUCUGAUUUUUUUAGAAUCUGCUUUAUUGCGGCUGCCUUUGUUAUCAGGGAUUUGCCACUGGCCAUUCUCUCACAGGUGGCUCACCAUGUUUUCACAUAUGCCCGUGGGCAUGAGUGUGCCCUGCCUCUGACUUCUUUCAUCUGUCUGUGAUACGUUUACAGACCCCCUUCCAUUUUCCCCAGUUGCUAACAUGAAACUGAAUGUUAAUUCGGUGACUCCCUGACAGAAACACUGACAGUUCUUGCCAGCAAACUAGGGCUGCAGCCAGCUUCUUGCUUAAGCGUCCCCUCUCUAAAUACACUAGAGAUUAUGUUUUACUGCUAUAUAGUCAAGAUGUUAUUUUUGAACAACAUGUAUCUUAGCAUUUACAGUCCAGGGCAACAAAUCUGGUAUUUUACAAUAAUAAAUCCCUAAUAGCAUAGAUUUAUUGAAGUCGUUAGACCUUCAGCUUUGAAGACAGUGUGUUUCACCUUUAGGAUGUGACCGGUUUGCUUCACACAGUUUCCCCUGAACUUUAGUUUAGUUUAAAUUUCCUAUGUAGUUUUCAUUCUACUCUGUUCCUACUUCAAAUAUAUUGAAUGUGCUAGAAGACACGGGAAGUGGCACUCCUGACCGUAGAAGAGUAUUGAGGCAUCAGCUCAAUGUAGGUACCACCUCACUCGGCAAUUUGAUUUGGUGGUUUUGUUGGACAUUUCCACUUUGAAUGACUUUCUAAGCCAAGACCAACCUCUGAAACAAGGUGCCACACCCAGCCUAGGGUGGGAUGCUGGCUUUAGGUUUCUCACUUGAUGUUCUUCCACCAAAGUCCGUACGGGACUUCCAAAGAGGCAUGUACUGUCAACAAAACCAUUUUAAACUCCCCUGUCAGACACUGCCGGUGAAUCUGGCUUCUUGUGUGUCAUCGUCUCGCAGUUGGAUCCGCAGGGAGUUGGUUUCCCGACAAGUACAGACAUGCAUUUAUUUUUAAAACCAGUGGUGAGUGAUGUUUAAAAUAAACGCCCAUAGGGUUAGGGUAGGGGAUGGUACUCAAUGACUGGCCUUUUGCAAUAGGAUCUUGGAAUAAAGUGCUGCAGGGAAAACCAGGACAUUAUCUUCUAGGAUGCCUAGUGAAGUGAGUGAGUGUCUGCAUUUUCUUUCCCAUGACAGUGAGACGAUUGUUUUUAAUACUUUCUGUAGUUUUCCCAAUCUGUGUGCCUCACAGUAGAUUUUUUGUUGUUGUUGUUAAAUAUGAUCUUUGUCAAUAUUUCUUGGAAUUUUUCUUGUAAUUCGGCAAUAUAAGAACGAAACUGAAUGGCAUCCAUGAUGCCUAGCAAAGCAGGCUCUGGAAAAUUUUUCUCCCUAAAGUUCUUAACUGGGUUUUUGUUUCCCCUGUUGGUAUUACAUGAACUAGACAGAAGCCAUCCAAGGGGAAUGGGGCCAUGUGGGUGCCUAGCAGUCAAGCCUGGGAUCCACCUGUAACUUUGGGGUUUAUUCUGGCCAUCAAUUCUUAUUAAUUCCUUGGGAAUUUACUCUUUAAAAAUACCAAAUGUUCACUCCACCAAAAUUGAUGGCAAGAAUUAGAUAGUAACAGGUAAAUUCAAUUGGAUAAUCAUGAUUAAGACUUAAAACAUAAUUGGAAUAAAUUCAGGACUUCCCCUUUGUGUGACCAAGCGCAGUGCUGCUGAGGACGCCUGGCCAGGCUUGCUUUACUGAGCUCUGACAGACUCAUUCAUAACUCACUGGCUUUAGAAUAUACCUCAAUAAUUCUAAGUUGAGUUGUGUCCAUUCUUUGUUUAGUGAUUCAUCCCACCUGCUUCCUGUCCCCAGCAGUUCUUGUGGGACUACAUCCAGAUGUGCCUGGCAUAUCAGCAAUUGUUAGGUAACACUGUCUAGCUCAGGGCUUUCUGCUCCGUUGUUGGCAUUUCCAGCUAGUAACAAUGGUGUAUUGUCUGGAAGGUUACCAGCACUGGUAGUGAGUGGGGACAAGAGAUGUAAAAUUUCUCUGUAGAGAUUCAUGAUGCAGCAGUAACAUUGGGUGGGCUUUUAUGUAAGAGCUGCACUGACUUCAGGCCAUUUGUAGAUCUUACCUCCCCAACCACUGGCCAAGAGUCCACCAUUUUGCUUCUCCAGGUACAACACUCCCAUCCCCAAAUACAGUAAUAAAAAGAAAGGGAAUCCUCAACAUGCCCAAGAAAUAUUUUUAGAAGUGAAGCCUCUUGUCUCACAUUGCCUAUGAGUGUUUC